AUGUCCUUCCCAACAUCACUUCAAGAUUAUUAUGCUACAAACUACACGAGAUGCUCAGAAUUGUUUUCGAUUUUUUCAACAUCUGAAUUUUUAUCGUUCGGGGCGAAAUCCCAAUUCUUUGUGCUUGUUCCAAUUAAUUUGUUUGGCUUUUAUUGUAUUUUGUUCAAAACGCCGAAAUAUAUGAGUGAAUUUCAGUUUCAUUUGUGUCAUUUGCAGUUUUGGUUCACAGUUCUCACAAUUUUCUACACAAUCCUCACAACUCCAUAUCAUUUUUUCCCGGCUUCAGUGCGUUGUUCAGUUGGAUUAUUUCGUGAUAUGAAUAUAAGUUCAACAUAUCAAUUGCUUCUAAUCAAUAUAGUAACUGGAGGAAUUGUAUCCGCAGUCAUAUUACUUUUUGAGAAUAGACACAAACAUCUUGUACCACCUACUGAUAUUUUUUAUAAGAUCAAUGGAGUUCAUCGAUUAAUACUCGGAAUUUUUAAUUUUCUUCUUGGAAGUUUAGGGGCAUGGACGAUUUUUCUACAAGACGGUAAUCAAGAGCUUGUAAAAAUGGAAUAUCUCAAAUUAGUACCUUGUCCGACAAAACUUUAUUUCGAUGAAUGCUCUGUAGCCAUUCCCAGUGCCAAAAAUAUUUGGGCUCUGGGAGUUGGACCUGCUGGAUGCCUAAUUCCUAUUCAAGUUAUAUUCUUUAUAAGUCAUAGCUUGAUGUAUCUUCGAAAAAUUCAAAACAUCAACACUUUUUCGAAAAGAACCAAGAAACUUCAAAAAUCAUUUUUUCGUGCUGGAAUUGCGCAAGUGACUUCUCCAAUUUUGGUUAUCGUUGUUCCAUUGUUUCUUUUAACUUAUAUUUUAAUUACAAAACAGUAUCUGCCAGGCGCAAUGAAUAUUUGUAUAUUAUGCAUUCCAUCUCAUAGUGCACUUUCUACAGGUUCAUUGAUUUUGUUUAAUGUACCAUAUCGAGAUUUCGUGAGACAUAAAUUUAAAAUAACAGCAAACUCGGUUCAAAGGAACAGUCGCGUGGCAAUUGUUUCAAGUUAA